AUGAUGUCUGGAGCUUUAUGGCACUUCUUCUACAUGUUCAACAACGUACUACAUCGAGAUUUAAUCAAAUUAUUUAUCCAUUUGCUGAAGCAGCUCAAAGAUGUACAAGUGCCUUUUGCUCCUUCUUUGCGUUCCUUUGCCGCCUUUGGCCGUGCUGCUCCAUUCGGGCUUUCCUGUAAAAAGAUUAGGGACGAUGCAUGCAAUCUACAUCUGCUUCUACCACCAGCCCGCUGGAAUCGCCAUCCGCAAAUACUAGAGUGCAUGGUCAUGGUUUUUGGGGCUUUAUGGCACUUCUUCUACAUGUUCAACAACGUACUACAUCGGGAUUCAAUCAAUUAUUUAUCGUGGCGUCAUUUAAACAUGAUCCCAUUGAUUCAAUUUUCUCUGUGCUCACUCUUUCUUCUGGGUUUUUAUGAAGCGGCAGAGACAGCUGAGACGAUUCCAAAUUUUUCGAUCUCAAACAGCGAUAUCUUGAAGUUAGCUGAUCAGUUGAGAGCACAAGACGAGAAUAAAGCGAAGAAAGGACAGAUUAUCGUGAAUUUCCAAGGCCACACCUCAACCCGUGACAGUCAGGAUAACGCUGAUGGAAAAUUUUUCACGAAAGUCGAUCAAUCUCUCCUCCGGAAAUCAACUUACGAGCAAUUCUUGAAAAUGUGCAACAAUUUCGAGCGCCAAACCGGAAUCAAAGAGCCGAAAGUGACAAAUCAAGAAGAAAAAACGGAAACCACUCAGUUUAUCGAUCUCGUUUUCCAAACGAAACCCUGGAAAACGUUGUACGAGUAUUUCCAUAAGAAUCAACACCCAUUUGCUUCGGAUCCUACCACAUGGCGUUACUGGAUUGCUCAACUUUGGUUCGUGCAUUACUCUAGAGCUCGUGGCUUGGCGGAUACCUCCGGUUUCGAGCACGUUUUCAUGGGAGAAGCAAAAAAUGGAGAAGUCUCCGGGAUGCACAAUUGGAUUCGCAUGUAUUAUUUGGAGAGAAACUCCACUGAACAAUUCGACUACAAAGGAUUUCUCGUAAAACGAGGAAAUUUGAUGGGCGCACUCAAAUUCUCGUGGCACAGCGAGAUGAAACGCUCGGGAUCGCUGUUGAUUGGAACGAGUCCCGAAUUCGAUUUGGCUCUCUACACAAUGUGCUUCCUUUCGAGGAGGGGAAGACAGACUUGUGAUGUCGAAAUUGAUGGAUGCAACUUGUCGAUCACGAGCUACGAUAUCAGCCAGCAGGGAAAGAUUUAUAUCGGCUCGAUUUUUCCAAGUGCUGGCCGAAUGAACGACAAAUGUCGCCAAAUGAAUAACAACAAU